UUAAGACUUUACUGAUGUCGGUUAAGGUUAAUUGGAUGAACUACGUCGAAAAUCGAAGGAGCCAAACUUGGUUUUUGUCUUUGAGAAUUUGAUUAAAUAUUUGGAACUUCCGUCUGCUUUUGCUUGUUUAUUCAAGGAAUUUGACAAUUAUACUGUUCUUUCGCCCAAAUUCUUUUGCUCCCCAUUACCGAUACUUUCUUCUUGUCAAGAAGACGCCCAGACAAAAAGCUCACAAAACCCAAGACAAAAUCGCUUUCCACAACAAACGUUGGAAUCUCCGUUCUGGGUUUCCGAAAAACGAAAACCCAUAUUCUAGAAUUAAUUUAUCGAGUUCAGCUCUCGUGAUCGUUAAUUUCGAAGUCUGGUUUCGAAAUUGCCCCAAUCAUUAGAAUUGGUGUUAUAUUGAUCUGGGUUUUUGCCAUAAAAGAUGAGGGAAAAGCUAGGGAUUUUGGUUUGCGUUUUGGUAUUUGUUUCUUGGUCGUCGUGUGUGGUGGGAAGGUUCGUGGUGGAGAAGAACAGCUUGAAAGUCACUUCGCCGAAUCCAUUGAAAGGCGUCUACGAAUGCGCAAUUGGGAAUUUUGGAGUUCCUCAAUACGGAGGAACUUUGGUUGGGACUGUGGUUUAUCCUCAGGCCAAUCAGAAAGCAUGCAAAAACUUUGAGGAUUUCAGUGUUUCUUUCAAAUCCAAGCCCGGUGGUUUGCCAACUUUUCUCCUUGCCGAUAGAGGAGAUUGUUUCUUUACUUUGAAGGCAUGGAAUGCACAGAAUGGUGGAGCAGCGGCAAUUCUUGUUGCUGAUGACAAGUUUGAGCCAUUGAUUACCAUGGACAAUCCUGAAGAAGAAAAUGCAGAUGCUGAUUAUCUGCAAAAGAUCACCAUCCCUUCAGCCCUUAUUAGCAAAUCUUUGGGAGAUAGCAUCAGAAAAGCCUUAUCCGAUAAGGAUAUGGUCAACAUAAAACUUGAUUGGACAGAGGCUCUUCCACAUCCUGAUGAGCGGGUUGAGUAUGAAUUGUGGACAAAUAGCAAUGACGAAUGUGGACCCAAAUGUGACAGCCAGAUAGAGUUUGCCAAGAGCUUUAAAGGAGCAGCUCAGAUACUUGAGCGAAAAGGAUACACUCAAUUCACACCUCACUACAUAACUUGGUAUUGCCCGGAAGCUUUUCUUGUGAGCAAACAGUGCAAGUCUCAAUGCAUCAAUCACGGAAGAUACUGCGCUCCUGACCCAGAGCAGGAUUUCAGUAGAGGUUAUGAUGGGAAGGAUGUCGUGAUUCAAAAUCUUCGUCAAGCUUGCUUCUUUAAAGUUGCCAAUGAAAGUGGAAAGCCAUGGCUUUGGUGGGACUAUGUGACUGACUUUGGAAUCCGUUGCCCAAUGAAAGAGAAGAAGUACAAUGAAGAAUGUGCAAACAAAGUUAUUGAAUCCCUUGGUGUUGAUCUCAAGAAUAUACAAAGUUGUGUUGGAGAUCCUGGCGCGGAUAAGGAAAAUCCGGUUCUUAAAGCUGAGCAAGAUGCACAGAUAGGCAAAGGCUCCCGAGGAGAUGUCACCAUAUUGCCGACUCUUGUGAUAAACCAAAGACAAUACAGAGGGAAGUUGGACAAAGGAGCAGUUCUAAAGGCUAUAUGUUCAGGUUUCCAAGAGACCACUGAACCUGCCAUUUGUCUAAGUGAAGAUGUGGAGACGAAUGAGUGUUUGGAAAAUAAUGGUGGCUGCUGGCAGGACAAGACUGCUAACAUUACUGCAUGCCAGGAUACAUUCCGGGGAAGAGUGUGUGAAUGCCCUAUUGUGCAGGGUGUAAAGUUUGUGGGUGAUGGUUAUACUCACUGUCAAGCUUCAGGUCCUUUACGCUGUGAAAUCAACAAUGGAGGUUGCUGGAAGCAAACCCAAAAUGGCAAGACUUACUCUGCAUGUGUCGAUGACCAUACAAAAGGUUGCAACUGUCCGCCAGGAUUCAAAGGUGAUGGAGUGAAUAGCUGUGAAGAUAUCAAUGAGUGUAAGGAGAAAGUUGCAUGCCAAUGCUCGGAUUGCAAAUGCAAGAAUACGUGGGGAAGUUAUGAUUGCAGCUGUAAUGGUGGCUCAAUUUAUAUGCAGGAACAUGACACGUGCAUAUCAGCAACUGUAGAGUCUUCUGUACGGCUCAGCAUGGGAGGUAUUUUCUUUAUUAUUCUAUGCUUGGCUGCUGUUGGGGUCUGUGCAUAUGCAGUAUACAAGUACAGAAUCCGGAGAUACAUGGAUUCAGAGAUAAGGGCAAUUAUGGCACAGUACAUGCCCUUGGAUAACCAAGGAGAAAUCCCAACUCAUGUUUCCCACGGGAAUAUCUGAAACCAACACUUUAUCGACGCUUUAUAGUCUCGAUUUAAGACCAGAAUAUGAUUAUCUUUUGUAUCUGUCCACCCACGGUUAUUGUAAUUCUUAUGGAGAGUUUCAUAUAACUCUGGCGUUGUGGCUGGGUAGCACAGCUUUCUUUCGUUUGUUUAUUUUUGUUGGGGUGCUCUUGUACUUGUUUACCUACGUGAAUAUAUUUCCUAGCUCAUAUUGCACAUGGAUUUGAGCA